AUGGCGGGCGCGGGGUCCCGGCCGCGGAGCUGGGCCUGCCGGGAGGGCGCUGAGGUGGCCGCCGGGGGCCAGGAACCCACACCGUGUCGCUGUUCGAGGGGGACGAGGGCGCUCGCCGCUCCCCGGAAGCCGGCGCCUGCCACAUGGACGCCCUUCAUGGCAGCUGAGGAGAUGCACUGGCCAGUCCCCAUGAAGGCCAUCGGUGCCCAGAACCUGCUGACCAUGCCUGGGGGUGUGGCCAAGGCUGGCUACCUGCACAAGAAGGGGGGCACCCAGUUGCAGCUGCUCAAAUGGCCACUGCGCUUCGUAAUCAUCCACAAGCGCUGCGUCUACUACUUCAAGAGCAGCACAUCCGCCUCCCCACAGGGCGCCUUCUCGCUCAAUGGCUAUAACCGGGUGAUGCGGGCAGCUGAGGAGACCACGUCCAACAACGUCUUCCCCUUCAAGAUCAUCCACAUCAGCAAGAAGCACCGCACGUGGUUUUUCUCUGCCUCCUCAGAGGACGAGCGCAAGAGUUGGAUGGCCUUGCUGCGCCGGGAGAUCGGCCACUUCCAUGAGAAGAAGGAGCUGCCUCUGGACACCAGUGACUCCAGCUCGGACACAGACAGCUUCUACGGUGCAGUGGAGCGGCCCGUGGACAUCAGCCUCUCCCAAUAUCCCACAGACAACGAAGAUUAUGAGCAUGAGGAUGAUGAUGAGUCGUACCUGGAGCCUGACUCCCCGGAGCCUGUGAAGCUGGACGACCCCCUGACUCACCCUCCGGCCUACCCGCCGCCCCCCGUGCCCUCGGCCCGGAAGCCUGCCUUCUCUGACCUGCCUCGAGCUCACUCCUUCAAUUCUAAGGGCUCAGGCCCACUGCUGCCGCCCCCACCCCCAAAGCGUAGCCUCCCCGACACCAGUGCAGCCAUCGAGGAUGCCAAGAGGGACCCACUGGGCCCAAGGUGGGCCGAGUCUGGCCUCAGGGUGCCCACCACCUCCCGGAGGAUGAGUGACCCCCCACUCAGCAGCCUGCCUGCUGGGCCCAGCCCGUGGAAACCCCCGUGCUUCCGAGAGGGCACCAGCCCCAGCCCAGAGCCCUGGACACUUGGCCAUGGGGCCAGCACUACCUCCAGCUGUGCCAGCACAGCUGCUGCCACCUCCAGGAACUGUGACAAGCUCAAGUCCUUCCACCUAUCCCCUCGGGGGCUGCCUACCUCUGAGGCCCCGCCUGUGCCAGCCAACAAGCCCAAGUUCCCAAAGAUAGCUGAAGAGGGGCCCCCGCGGGAGGCAGCCCAGCCUGGCCUUUUUCUGUCCCCUGUGGCCGCCAGGCCCCCCGCACUGAAGCUGCCCUUCCCGGACACCACUUCUCGGCCUGCAGUGCUGCCCCGGCCAGAGAAACCACGGCUGCCCCAUCUCCAGCGGUCGCCACCUGACGGGCAGAGUUUCAGGAGCUUCUCCUUUGAAAAGCCCCGGAACCCCUCACAGGCCGACUCCAGCAAGGAGGACUCGGAUGAGGAUUAUGAGAAGGUACCGCUGCCCAACUCGGUCUUCAUCAACACCACGGAAUCCUGUGAAGUGGAGAGGCUGUUCAAAGCCACCAGCCCCCAGGGAGAGCCCCAGGACGGGCUGUAUGGCAUCCGGAACUCCUCCACCAAGUCGGGCAAGGUGUUAGUCGUGUGGGACGAGUCCUCCAACAAACUGAGGAACUACCGCAUCUUUGAGAAGGACUCCAAGUUCUACCUGGAGGGUGAAGUCCUGUUCACCAGUGUGGGCAGCAUGGUGGAGCACUACCACACGCACGUGCUGCCCAGCCACCAGAGCCUGCUGCUGCGGCACCCAUAUGGCUACACUGGGCCCAGGUGACACUGUAGGGCAUGCUGCCUUGCACAAGUGGCCACAGGAUCCCGGCCCAGCCGUGCCGAUGGAGGCAGUCUGCGUGGGAGGCUGAACAAGGAGGGAGGCUGUGCUUGACACUGGGCCCCCAACGGACAGACAGCUUGUGGACCCUGGCCAGGGGCCACCCAGCAGGCCGAUUCCCAGCCGGACCCAGCUGUAGCUCUGGAGGACUGGUCAGCUCUUGCUCCCAGCUGGAUCCGGCUGUGGCACCUUCAGAAGCCUGGGGCUCCAGGACAGAGUCCUGCCUCACUUUCAGGAUGGAAUGAGUGCCAGGCUGGGCUAGGGCAGUUGGUGGGGCUGGGGCUAGCUCUAGGGCCCCGUGGUGCAUGCGACUAGGCUCCCCACAGAACCAGUGCUCCCAAUAAAUCCAAGACAACUUUU